UUGAGAGAGGAUGAAACGCAGAGAGAGCACGGAUACCGGGCGAGGGAGAGUGUAACGCCUGAUAAGACCGAGCGAUGGUCGCUCUCGCGAGAGUGCGUGAUCCAAGCAACGUACCUUUUCCAUUUUGACAGUUCGUCGUAGUAACGAAGAAAAAGAAAAUAGAAGAGGAUAAUAUCGGAGGAAGAUUAUAAUAUCAAAAUAUCAAAAUAAUUUCACGAACGGAUCAACACGAAUCCGCCAUUAUACAUUGAAACAGAAAACGAGAGCUGAAAAGAGACAGAGACAGGAAUAAAUAGACAGAAAGAGUGGGAGGAUCGCGUGUUCGAAAAUUCGGAGAUUAACUCACUGCGAUAUACUACAGAAACGAAAAAUCAGUGGUACUGUGUAUUUUCACUGUGAGUGAAGAGUGAGUGCGUGCGUGUAGGUGGGUAGGUGUGUGUGUGCGUGCGUGCGUGUGUGUAUGUGCAAGAGAGAGAGAGAGAGAGAGAGAUUGGUGUCGCGUGUGUGCGUGCGCGUCUCUCUCUCUACGUACAGGUUUUUUCGUACGAGUUUAUGCUAUUAUACGUGCUACUACGCGAGCCAUCUACAUAUUCUUCUCUUUCGGUGAAAACUUGGAAGCAACCUGUAGUACGAAGCAAGUCGAAAAAAGAGAGAGAGAAAAAAAAAGAAUAGAAGACAAAGGUGGCCGCCUUUGGUGCCGCCUCGAGGACUGGCUCUCUGUGAUAUAGCUCUUUCUCUGUCUUUCUCUCUCUUGUUCCCCUUCUCUUUCUACUUCUCUUUUAUCCUUUUCUCUCUCUCUCUCUCUCUCUCUCUCUCUCUCUCUUUCUCCCUCCUUGUUCUUUUCCUUCUCUUCGUCUUUCCCCCUCCCCAUCCUUCUCAUCGCUAUCCAUCUAGCGCACACACGCGCGUUCGACCCUCGAGGGAAGAAGUGGAAGAGAGAAGAAAUAAAAAAGAGGAAUAAAAAGAAAAGGAAAAAAUAAUAAUAAUAAGAAGAAGAAGCAAAAGAGAAGAAGAGGAAGAAGAAGAAGAAGAAGAAGAAGAAGAAGAAGGAAAAGACGAAGUAGAAGAAUGGAGGCGGUAGCGAAGCACGAUUUUACCGCGACAGCCGAGGAUGAGCUUAGCUUUCGCAGGUCUCAAAUCCUUAAGAUUCUUAAUAUGGAGGAUGAUAUGAAUUGGUUCAGAGCCGAAUUAGAUUCCAGAGAAGGACUCAUUCCAAGUAAUUACAUAGAAAUGAGAAAUCACGAUUGGUAUUAUGGAAGGAUAACCAGAGCAGAUGCUGAAAGGCUAUUAAUGAAUAAGCAUGAAGGUGCCUUUCUGAUUAGAAUCAGUGAAAGCUCUCCUGGUGACUUUUCGCUAUCCGUAAAAUGUUCAGAUGGUGUGCAACACUUUAAAGUAUUAAGAGAUGCUCAGGGCAAGUUCUUUCUUUGGGUCGUAAAAUUUAAUAGUUUGAAUGAAUUGGUAGAAUAUCAUCGUACAGCAUCGGUAUCACGUUCGCAAGAUGUCAAAUUACGUGAUAUGAUUCCUGAAGAGUGUUUAGUGCAAGCAUUGUAUGACUUUGCUCCACAAGAACCUGGCGAAUUGGAGUUCAGGCGAGGAGAUGUAAUUACUGUUACAGACCGUACAGAUCAGCAUUGGUGGCAUGGGGAGAUUGGUAAUAGAAGAGGACUAUUUCCAUCGACCUAUGUUACUCCUUAUCACUCCUAGAUUAUAGAAAAGAACAAAUGAAUAUUUUGUUUUAGGCCUGAUUUAAUAUAUACAGGUCUCAACUAUUGACCGCCUUAUCCCACCAUCAUUAUAUACAGGAUCAGCCUCGCUGCAAAAUUAAUCCAGAACGUUUUGCGAGCACACCGCCUAUUGAGUGGACUACCAGGAUAUACUCUGGUGGUCCAAAUGUCGAGUAUUUGUAAUAAUACGAUCUCGACAUAAAAUACUAUUUAGUAAGGACCUCUGACCGGUCCCAUUGAGAGAAAACAUUUCUUACAUCCUUAGUAAUCCAUACGAGAGUGUGUAGAGUUCCUUGAUGUAUUACACGACAGGGUAGUGUCCAUAUUGUUUUUAUAUAUCGUUGGAUGGACAAGUUUUAAUCUUCUCUGUGGGACUGAAUAUGCUGCUACCAUUUGAAGUUAACAUUGAUAGAUGUCGUAUGUGUAUCGUAUGUCUCUGCGAUCAAAUAGAAUCCAUCGAAUAUUCAUUAAUCACAAACAUUUUGACUUUUUAUUCAAUAUAUAAUAUACCAAGUGCUCUAAGCGUGCAAUCAUUAACUACCAUGUGUUAAUAAAAUCGUAACAUCGACAUAUAUUAUAAAUGAAACUUGAAAUGGUCUUUAGUAUUUCUUGGUAGUCCAUUAAAAUGGUGUUAUACAUCACAGAUAAGCAUUAGUCUUUUUGCAAGCAUGCUCAUUGGCCAUAUUAAAACAAUAAUUAUAUUUCAUGCUAUCUCAGAUAGUAGCUUAGGAGAACUGGGAUUAUAUAAAUCUUGUAUUUUUUAAUACAGAUCCGCUAUUCGAGGAAACGGGGACCUUGGCGAGAAAAGGGCCUAGUUAAAAACAAUUGCAUAAGAAAUCUAAAAAAAAAAAAUUUAUAUACGAACGUGUAUAGCGUUAAAAGAGCGCAUCGCCUUUUGGCAUUGGACAAUUUUUGUUGUCUUUUUUCUAUCGUCAAUAUUUUCGCGAAUGAUUAAGAGAGAAAACAUUCUUUUCUUACGCUUUUAUUAUACGUUCGAUAAUACGAAUAUUUCAGAUAUAUUAUCUGUAUUAUAUACACAGACACACAAAUUCGAAUAAGCUAAAUAUAAGCUUCUUCGGUCUUUCUUCGUAAUGAAAUCUUAAAAGAAUUGGUGGAAUCUGUUUAAAAGGUAUUAAUACUGUUUUUCUCUCAUCAUCUAUAUACAUAAGCAGUUAAAACGCUUAAAGAGAUUUAUUUUGUAAUUAAACGAAUCUUGUGGUAUGCGUAGUGUUUGAAAAAUAAAAAAAUAGAAAAAAUCUUUUGUUUUAUUUUAGAGAUUUUACUACUAGUGAGGAGAGACAACCAUAUAUACAGCGAUAAAGCGUAUAUACAUAUUGUAUAUACAUUACACAUGCAUACACGUAUUGAAAAUAAUCGUACGAGAUUAAAAUACAAUUAUUGUGACUGAUUUAUUUUUGACAACUCUGUAACAAAUAUUGCAUAAAUGCAGAAAUAGAUAAAUACGAAUAUUUCAUACGAAAAAAAAUAAAAAACACACUAUUGCUAUUUAAAAAAGGAAGACAAAAAAGAAUGAAAAAAAAUAUUGCUAUGCACUUUAUUCAUCUAGUAAAUUUGUUAUCCAUUUACUCAUAUGUUGAAAGAAAAAAAAAAAAAAAAGAGAUGCCAAGAAGCGAUACGAUAUCGAAGUCUGCCAUGUGUUAAUUUUAAUCUGCACACAAUAUUUAAAUAUGAAGUUUGUAAUUUUAAAAAUGAUACAAGGGGAGUCUAUGUACAUUUCUCAAGAAAAAAAGAACGAAAAAGAAAACAAAAAAUAUUCUGUUUACUGAUUUCAGCAAUUCUUGCUUUUUUUCUGUGUAAACAAUGAAAAUGUUUAGUCUUAUUGUGUAAUUAUUAUUAUUAUUAUUAUUAUUAUUAUAUUAUUAUUAUUAAUUAAUUAUUAUUGCGUUAUGUUACAUUUUAUUAUUAACAAUAUAUUGCAUUAAUCAUA